AUGGCUGUAGAAGAGAUUGUUACUGAUUCCUCUCUGCUGCCGGUGCUUGCAGCUAGCUCUAAAACGGUCUCUGAAUGUCAAAACCUCCUUGCUUUACUUGACCCAACCGCCAUCACUGCGCCGCUACCCAAGGAGACCACUCUAAGCAUCUCGAAGCAGCAGAAACUAGUUUUUUCAUUGCUUGCUCAGCUACGAGGCCUGAAUCGCGAUGCUGUUUUUAACGUCCGAUCAACGAAGCAAGCUACUGCAGAAGCUCGCCAGGAGGUCGAUCGGCUUCACUUGCAUCUCCAGAACUUAUACUAUGAGCAACGACAUCUGAGUGGGGAGAUUGCUGCAUGCGAGUCAUAUGAUCACUCCUACAUGUCGCUGCCCUUGAUUCCUGUCGAGGAGUUCCUCAAACUUUAUCCAGAGCAUGUCGACUGCGACCAAAACGAACUUAUGGUUGCACGUAUAAACCAUGAGCACGCUGAGCGCGAAAAACUGGAGCAAGCUAGGCAAGAACUCUUGAAACGGAAGCAAGCCCUAAUAGCGGAGAAUAAGAAACGAAGAGACGAUCUUGCUAGCCUAGACGCAGACUUGGAACGUUUCAUUGAUGCUGCUAAACCAAUUCAAAAACUAUUCGAAAAGGAAUACGCUGUGGGAAACCGCAAGACCAUUGUCGAUGAGAAGUGA